AUGCCUCCCGUGUCCCUGGGGUUUGCGUUAUUCCUCAUCGUUGUCUCAGGUAAGAAAUUCUGCAGGAAGCACCUGCAUCCGACAAUCACAUCAAAUUUCCCUCUUUGUACUGCUACAUCGGAUAAUUCGCUCUUGUUUUUCUAACUUUGAUUCCCAGUGUAGCGUAAUGUUACCCAACCGCACUAAAUGGGAUCAGAGGUAAUAGGAGAGGGAACAAUAUUUUUGUCACGAUAGAGUGUUAAAUAAAACAAGGUCCCAUCCAUUUAUCACCUUUUGUACUAUCGCCGAAUUCCAGUGCAAGCUUUGAGCUUCUGCCGACCGAGUGCUACAGUCUUGCCAUGCUACGUAUAAGUUACUUGUUCUCCAUUGAAAAUGAAAGAUCAUAUGCACUGUUUUACGUUUCUUUUGCAGAAUCGACGGCGAACAAAAAAUACCUUGGGACGUUUCCUAAAUCGGCUGAAAAAGUCGUCAUACAUGCGCGACUGUCAUUCGAACCUAUCGUAAGUCGCAGGAUAGCGCUCCAAGCGAUGUCAUAGUUUCCCUUUUUCAUGCAACUACUUUGUUUGCAGGGGCUAGUUACCAUAUCUGCAGAAUAAGUCCAGCGUUAAGCAAUAGCCUCAAUCUAUUGUUUCCUAUUUACUACCUUUCUAACAUUGGGGAGAUUACACAUGUUACAUAAGAUUAGUUAAAAAACGCGUCUGUUGAGAAGGCUGUUGGGAUGGAAUUCAUCAAAGUGGACAGUUACUGGAGAGAGAAAUAUGAAUGUUUCAAAAAAUUCUUCUGUUAGAACAGUAAGACUACACAGCCGUUUUUGCUGCUGUAGCGGCCGAGGACGUCAAGGGUAGCACACACCGGAGUAAGGGAACGCCGAGAAGGACUCUUGGCCGGAAUAGACCUGAACGGAGCUGUUAGCAUUCCUUGAUACACAUCCAUACACAGAAGAAGAAGGCAUGUCGAAUAAGAGAUAAAGUGUAAUAAUACGAGGUUGCACGGGGAAUCGUAUAAUAAUCGUUAAUAGUACAAGUAGGACGGUUACAUCGGUAGAAUGACCUGUCUGGGUGGAGAGACGAUGCCAACAUGCCAGCUAGUAAACCGGUGGGGAGCGCAGCGCUGGGGGCAACUGCAGGGAAGGGUCGAGGGAGUGCCGAUGUAGCGAGGAGGCGGGCGGUUCGGACGAUACGUUGCGUUACGGUACGACGAGGGGGAAAGGGAUCGGCAGAAGAGAGAGGGAGGGACACCGGUUAUCUUCACCGACACGCGACUACGCCAUCUCCACCCUAGGUCCUCGCGCAAAAAGUGUCACCUCAUUCGAACAACUCUGUCCAAGUACAGGGGCGUUACACUGCCUUUUGUCUUUUUCGUUUACGUUGAUAUGUAGCUUAUCAAAGCCGAGAAGAAUUUUACUUACAAUAACGGAUCCUGCUAUGCAUCGGAUGAGACAAGAGCAUGCAACCUUACGAGAAGUGAGUUCAUCUUCCGUGGAGUUUAUUCAGUUUUUUGUCAUCAGUUAAGGAUUUCUAUUUGUGGGACUUUAAUUUCGAGUCUCCCAAUACUCUCAAGCUAUCUGAGCUGGAAAUGCGUGGCAAAGGGAAGUUGGAUAUCGUGACUGUAUUCCGUCGUCCACCACAAGAUGCGACCCAAGGUAAGCCUUUGCACACACACACACACAUAAUAGCUAUUUUUCGGAAUACUCUUCCAGAAUAUAUUCUGCUAUGUACUAGACGAAGAAUGGUUGCCGAAUGCUGCAUAAAAGACGUUACAAUUCGAUUCAGUGUUCCGCUUGAGGUGGGAUGGCCCGUUUUUGACUAGAAUGUUUAUUAACUACAAUGAACAUCAAGAACCCCUUCUGACUUGAGAUAUGGAUGUGCCACAUGCUACAUUUUUUCGGGUUCGGCAGAAUAUGCAGACAGUCUAGACAGAAGGAAACAUCCUAACAUCACUUUUGACUUCCAACAAUGGGAUGGCUGGUUUAAGGGUCGAAGAAGGCAACUUUAAGAUGGGAUACGAUAGAUUAGCAAUGGUUACCCUAUACACAGUCGAGUGAUUAUUUAUCACAGUGAACACCAAGAAGCCAUUUAAAGUGCAGACAUGGAUGUGCAAUAUAUGAAAUCUUGUCAUGUGACCUUGACAACGGGAAGCAUCCUCACAUGAGCUUGCCAAAAUUUAUGUGCAGUGACUUCAGAAUCUCCAACUAGAACGGUGGUUAUUCAGUAUUUCUACUUAGCUUCCUACAAUAGGUUGGCUGAUCACAGAGUCGAUGCACGCGACCCCGAUAAGGAACGCAAUAUUUUAUCGACCGUUGCCGUAUACCUAUUUGAGUUCAUACAUGAUGCCUAUUUGACCAUGAGUCGUAACCAACACCGAAAACUUGAUUAACCUGGAAUAUUAGACUUAAUUUUUUCCAUGGAAAGCUUGUUGUGCUUCUCGAAUGGCAAUACGGCAUCAGUAACUGAGUCCACCAAUAAUGAGAUAUUACACUUUAUCUUAUAAGGCGCAGGUUGCUUUCAAAUUGUACAACUAUUCUUGCCAGAACUUCACCAUAAUUAUCGUUUUAAAGUCAAUUUUUCCAGUGACUUCACAAUCAAUGUCUGAAAAUCCGUUACCGAAACUUGCAGAACGCACUGCUGGAUUUGAAAAAUUGGCAGCUGAAUGAUCCUAGAUCGUAAUCAGCUAUCAUGCCUACCCUAUCGGACUGGCUAAUAUUAAUGGAUGAGCUCCUGAAUAGUCCCUACUAUAAUUAAGUUCUGGGGGGGCAAGUCAUCGCGUCAUUCAACUAAACGAGUGAAAGGGGUUGCGAUAGGACCGGAAAAAAUAUGUUUCAGGAAAUCUUAAUAUUCCGGUCAGCAGGACUCCCCAGAGGAUAAACCUUGAGUUCGACCAUCCUUUAACCGAUAGUUGCUUCGAAAUUUCAAAGACAUUUCAGAAAUUUUGACCCUGAAUACCUGACCGCCAGGAAAGUCCAUAACAUUCAUAUUGUCGUGAGAAGUCAGUAGGCUUUCUUCAUGUGGAGCCGGUAUAGGAAGUAAAGUCUUGUUUCUCCCAACCAGUCAACCACAGGAUUGUGUAAAUGCGUAUUCUGGGACAAAGCUAAAGAGGAGGGAAAUGUGCAAUAAGUGUGUUUAUUCUCAAUAUCCAGACAGACCGCUUGCCCAUACCUUCCCUCAAAUUGGGGGAAAAGGCAUUUAUUAGGUGAAAGUAUUCUUCCAUGGAAGCUAAUCUACCACAAUGCACGUACUGGAAAGAGCACGCUUUCUUGUGCUUGCUUUGAUCACGUCGUUGUUUGUUAAGUAGCAUUUGCUGCAAAAACUAUUUAUUUAUGGAUGCCUGCCCUUUGAGAUUAUGCUUAGUUCAGAUGUAACAUUAAAAUAUGUACAAAAUUGUGCUUAUGCAUCUGCUUAAGAACGAAGCUCACCCGCACAUACUGUACUUUGUGUUAAAAUCCUCCCGCCUAUUAGGUAACAUGCAUUUUUUCCUCCCAUAAAGAUUUUGCCUUCUCACCUCGGCAUUCUUCGCCGCUUGUCCACUAUGUUCCACUUAAUGCCAAAUCCGUAAAUGUUAGCUGUGCUGUCAAAGUGCCUGCAACCGCAAAUGACGCGAAGGUAUGUUUACUCACUAAAGCUAACAAGCGUUGCUUAUUUUUUGGUUUGAAUAUCUUAGCACAUUUACGGUGCAUUUGGUUAAAUAAGAGGCAAUUCUCUUCAAUCAAUCACUGAAUAAGCACACUCCGAACUAACUCACUGCCAAGUCCCCGGCCAUCACAUUCUGAAUGCAGGCAACACGAAAAUUAGUGUCGUAACGAUGAUUUGUUAAACACUGGUUUGUAGUGCAGUUAGUUUAUUCGACAGGAAAGGCCGAAGACCUGUCCUGUUGGGGCAUCUGUGAUUGUAAUUUCGUCAGGUUUUUCAGUAGGAGUGAUGGUAUAUUGACUGAAAAUGGUAACCUACUCCCCUAUCGACAUCAUAGAAUACACUUUAUAUUGCAGUCCAUUCACGGCAGUUCUGAUUGUGCCUACGCUUGAUUCCCUUACUCACUCUCUUGGUAUAAAGUCAGGCAACUCGGAUGAGCGUCAGCAAUAUUCUGGGCGGCUGAUGGCAAAUGCUGUCUUUCUAAUUCUCUUGAGCGAAUGCGGCGAGUAGAGAGUCAUUUAAGACACCACUUCCUUCCACCAUCACAGAUUGUUUGGAUAAUCUAUAAUAUGUGCAAAUGAUGUCGUCUGAACCUGCCUCGUUAGAUUUUAGGGGAAUAUCGCUCCAGCUCUAAUUAGUUGCAGUCCAAGAAAGUACUUGCCGAUCAAAAUGAGAAGAGAGCACCAGAGAAGCAAAUUGUGUGUUUUAAAAAUGGGUAGCCGGGCCGCAUCCGCUUAUGGAAUGCAUUUUGGAUUUUGUCAUUUUACUAUCAUAUUUUUAUGAACAUUCGAAUAGCUGCAGUCUACUUUUACUGAUGACUCUCAAAGACCUGAAAAUGAGUGCGGUUUUUUGAUUUCCUAGGAAAUUAAUAGCUAUUUUGGAGUAGAUCAGUCUCCCCGUGACUUAUAGAUCUAUACUGAUAUUCCACAUGAAUGUUUGGUCCGAAGUCCGUCAACCACAUUUGAAUUGCCACGUAAUAUUCAUAAACUACCAACAGGUAGCAUGUGGUUAGUAGAGAGUCAGUUAAGGCAUCACUUCCUGCCACCAUCACACAUUGUUUGGAUAAUCUAUAAGUAUGUGCACAUGGUGUCGUCUUAACCUGCCUCGUUAGAUUUGAGGGGGAUAUCACUCCGGCUUCAACUGGUUGAAGUCCAAUAAAUUGUCGAUUCUAUGGACGGGGCAAACUGACAAAGCGACAACAGAAGAUCAUAUUGUGUUCUUUCGGGAAUACUUCAAAAGUGGCAGAGACCCUAAUGUAAUUUCCAUGGGGGACCGAAUCCACCUAAGGAAUGAGUUUUUGGAAUUUGUCAUUUUACUACCAUGUUUUAAUGAACAUUCAAAUAACUGCAGUCUACUUUUACUUACGACUCUCAAAAACGUGCAAAUGAAUGCGGUUUUUUGAUUUCCGAGGAAAUUAAUCGUUAAAUUGGAGUAGGUCAGUCUCACUGUCGCUUAUAGGCCUAGACUGAAGUUUUAUAUGGAUGUUUAGUCCGAAGUCCAUCGACCACAGUUGAAUUGCCGCGUAAUAUUCAUAAACUUCCAACAGGUAGCCAGUAGUAUAUGCAUGAUAUUUGAUACCUGACAGCACAGGCACUGGCUAAAAUCCCAGACACGUGUCUCCAAUAUUCUGGUGUUCUAUGACACAGCUGCAAGGGAUUCGGCUUAUCAGUGGGUCUCCCAUCGCUCCCCGUCUGAUUUUCUGGUACUCUCCAGUAGACUUAUCUACCCCAAGUUAGCGAAACAUGUAUGCAACUGAUUGUCCGUCUCUUGACAAAGCUGGUCUAACCACUGUCGAGAAACGUUUUUUACAUAAUUUUGUGCUCUCGAAUGCGCUUUAUGCAUAUCUACACGGAAUUCAGGCGCUAAUUAAAACUGCUGGCCUCAUUAGUCAUCAGAAAUGCCACCUGAUGCGAGAGGGGGAAGCAUGGAAGCAGGCUUCAACGGUAAUCUGUAUUAUCGCACUUUAGAAUCAAAAUAGGAUUUUGCUAAAUUGACAGCAGCGUAACAUACAUUUCAGAUCACCAUGUACAAAGAGCGGGAAACUGAGUGUUCAGCCGAUGGAAGUGUAAGGCGGCCAUGUAAGUGAACGGUCAGUUGUGGUAUCUUUGCACAAUCGCACAUUUCAUUACCGUGUUUUGCGCUUUCAGGCAACAAUCACCUCAACAGACGGAAGAAUAUCUUUACAUCAUCCUACACUAUCUACAGACCCCAUGAUACCCGAAAGUCGGUAUACAACAUUCUAUGUAGCGUAGAGGGUCCGGAAGGCCCUUCCUAUCUUUCGAAGUAUGUCGAAUUCCCGGAGCGAGGUAAUUCAGAUGUUUUCGUUUUAAAAUUGGCCGUUUCAUAUAUCCAAGAGGCUAAUCAAUCCCUUAAGUGUGUGGAAGGAAUGGAAAUGCCAUAGUCACUAAGGAAAAAAUCUCCCACCGCUUAAAUUAAAAAUAAUAAAUUGUGCUCAGCGAAAACCAAAUGAUAUGUAGUCUCUCGUGAAUUUUUCAAGAACAUUCUACAGAAAUAAUUUAAAACUAUGCACUGCGAGCCAAUCGCUUUCACUUAUGCCUUUAGGUGGCGAUUACAGAGGAUUAUACGGCCUACGUUCCGAAAAUAGAAUUUGGUUCAAAACUUGGUUCGAACCCGAGGUAAGUUUUCCAGAUCUGCAGUGCAGUUUGAUUUACAAAACGUACUCUUCUCUAGCUCGAAUAUAGCUUACAACCUACACCAGUCAACAUAAUGGUCUAAAAGGUUUCAAGCUCGUCGAAAUUAAGUACAUGACACAUCAUUUGCAUGCAACACGCACGAAAAAAUAUCUCAGGCAAACUACCCAUAUGCAUGCAUGCAUGCCGUGGACGACUUAUUGAUUGAUUUUGAAUCACCUAUGCAUUCCCUUCUAUAUCCUAGACAGUCAGAUCUCUAGUGACAUACAAAUGUUCCAACGGAAAAUGUCGCGCAACCGGUUCGACAACUAACUACCAAAUAAAAGAAGGUUAGUUGAAUGCAAAGCAGUGUCAUGCAGUGUUUAAAUUAAAUGGUAUAUUCAAGCCGCUUAUUUCAAUUGCAGAUAAAGUAAAGGGAGUCUGGAAUUUUUACUUCGACAGCGAUCCCAAAACCACUGAAAACUGGGUGUCUGUGCAUGGGAAGAGGCCGCAGGAUGUUGUGAUUGUAUUUCACUGGUUAUACAGGCUUCCAGUACCAGGUAAAUUCGUGCAUCCACGAUUCAUGAGAGAACUGAAAACCAUGCACAAUUCAGACAGGAAAUUGCUAUAUUAUAAUUGCUGCAGUGCAUUUAAACUUACUCAGACAUAGAGUCAAUGGUUUAUGCAUCUCGGUUGAUUCUUGCUUGCAAGUGGACAGUUUUAUGCAGCCUAAAAGUAGGCUUCUUAGGCAUUCUGUUCCUGAAGAGUACAGCAAUAUUUUAUUCUCAAUUGGACCGUAGUUAUGUAGUCCACGCACUUCCCUUUUUCUUCGUCGACAUGCGUUUGUCGACAGUUAGGUGUCAGAUGUUUAAGUCGUCUGUGCAUAUUCUGUAUACCAAAUUCACGCCAGAUUGCCUGCUACACAAUUAUAAACAGAAGCACCAUACCAAUCGUCAAAUUUUACGAAUUUGAUGGCAGAAUUAUGCAAGCCACACGCUCACUUGCAAGACAGUGGGCAUCUUUGCUUGUUGGAUUUGACCGCUAAAAUUUUGAUAAAUUCUGAGAGUCGUUCAAGACGAUAUUUCGUGGACAAGGUCUCUAAAAUCUACUUAAGCGAGUACGGAUUAAUUAACAGAGGCCUCAUGAUUUCUACGAAAACGUAUUCCAAAACGCAUUGAUCCACGUGAUAUGCUUGAGGAAUCCUACUAUUGCCCUAUGCGCCACAACUGCAUUCUGCCAUACGUCAGUGCGCGGGGGCUUCUGUUGCUGAAUUUGGCAUUUGUCCACUACACUAAUACUGUAAAUAUUUGAUUGUAAAAAAUCUCAAGAUUAUAUUUAAAUGAUAUAGCAGACUGCGACCAUCAGUUGGCACCGAAUUCUAUCGACACUUAACUACAGCAUUUUAAUAAAACUUAAUUGUUUUUAUAGCAAGUGCCUGAAAUGAAUCUCCUGAAAAAGUUUUCGAUGAAUAAUCAUGAAUUCCUUCGUCUGAUGUACUCGGAAAAUAAAAGAAAUGUCAUUUGAGUAGGAACGUUUGUGAAGCUAAAUUACAUAGGGGCUUAUAAUGAAGCUCCAAUACAACCAGCUCACUACUGUGUAGGACUUUACCUUGAAUUGCGUAUUGCUCCAUUUGAAAGUGCAAAAUACCUCCUGAAUAUUUAAACUAAUAAUUUAAACACUUCUCUCAAUGUUUGCAAGAUGCAGAUCCUGUGCCAAAAUACUGUUUCAUUUGCGUUUUCGAGUGUUCAUCUCCUGAUUAGUAAAUAGCAUGCAUGCACGUUCGCUUUUAGAACUUUCCUUUGCUCCACUCUAUGUGAACUCAUUAACGCACUUUCCAUUCGAGCAAUCCGAAGAAGUGCUGAUCGAAUGUCCCCUCUAUAUUUCCCAUUUGUUUCCAAGACCGAAGGUAGGCCAUGUUUUCUACUUCUUCAAUAAUCUGGAAAAUUAUUUCUACUAA